UUUAUCAAACAUUCAGUUUGUCAGCAACUCUAAAAGAACUUACAAGGACGGAUACUUUCAACCAAACUUAUAAUGAAAAUGGUCCUUUACCAUUUAUUUUACAUCCUGUUAAUUUUCACCUUUACCCCAGGACUCUCAGUGAACAGCUGCAUUAUAAAUAUCACACAGCCACAGGAGCGUCUUCAUGGGAGAUUCAACCAGUCAAUCUCCAUCUCCUGCCACGUCAACAUGUCUUGCCCAGAAAGCACAUCUGACAUGCUAUGGUAUGUGUUCAAGACAGACUCCUAUUAUCAACUGGGUAUAAAGAAUCAGCCAACAAAGUAUAGAUUGCAAGGCACAGACCUACACAUCAACUGGCUCUCACACAGUGAUGAUGGCGUGUAUUACUGCGCUGUGUCUGACAGAGUUGCAGCAAACAGUGGCGCACAGGCUAUUGGGACUGGCACAACACUGACAGUGAAAGAGAAUGAAUAUAACACUGGACAAGUUCUGCUGUUCACACUGGUGGCUAUACUGUCCCUCUAUUGUUUAAUAAUCCUGGCUCUCGUCAUCUUUAUAAAGAGUGGACGAGUCAAGCUGUUAAAAGGAAGACAAAGACAAAGCCAGGGCAAGGAUGACUCAACCAGGAGAGUUCACUUCGGAGCUGUGGUGCAAGAACUGUACAGCAAGAGGAACUUGCGAAGAAUCAAGAAAAACACGUCCACUGAAGUUUCACAAGAAAACAAGGUUGAAAAUCCACAGUCCCGCACUGAGAGAGAAGACGUAUACCAAAACAUGAAAAGGGCUCGAUAAAACAUCAGCUCAAAGCACCAAGAGCCCUCUGCUGUAUAGUACACAAAGAACAAAAGAAUCAAAACAUAAGUGAAGGAAAGAGGAACAUUCAACUUGGGAACCAGUUCUUGCUCCUUUGUCCUAAUCUAUACUAUUAGAAGCCAAACUGAGAAUAUAUCUAAUAUAUAUAUAUA